CGGCGCGCGCCCGCCAGUCAUCGAGCGGCGGUCUUCUAAGAUGCUACUAUGAAGCUUUGAGAGAGAUUUUUAAAUUCAUGUGACAUGCGCUCUUAUAUUAAUCGUACAUUUUGAAUAAAAACAAGCGAUCUUUUUGGAUUUCAGUGAAUAAAUUAAGUGAAAGUGUAGUGCGAUUGUUAUUCAUUUUAUUCUUGCAAGUUAUUUAUUCCGAUUUCGAUUUACGCUUGUGCUGUGUUUAUGUUGGGAGCGCGGCGCCCGUUCCGUCCGGCGUGUUGGAGGGACGUCGCCCUCGAGGACUUCUUAUAGAGAUGAGGCGGAGGGAGGUACGUGAGGGUGCGCAGGUGAGGUGAGACGACGAAACAGAGCAUGGAUCACGCAGUGAAGGCGAUGUCGGCGCGCGGGCCGCUGGCGCGGUUGCUCGCGCGCCGCCGCUUCGAAUCCGCCGAACUAGAAGAGCUGUAUGCGCGCUAUGCGUGCAAGUUGCAGCGCUCAUCAGUGGGUUCCGCACUUGCACUCUGGGCCGUGCUCGCUGCUGCGCUCGCAGGCGUCGAUGCCACGAAAGGUUGGCGGAGAGCGCCACAGGUGGGCGUGUUAACCGCGCACGCCGUGCUAUGUGGCGGGCUCGCAUGGUGGUGCGGGCGCACCAGCAGUGUGGCACCGGAGAGGCGCUUACCGCGCGCUUGCUGGCUAGCUCUCGCGGGUGGUGGCACGGCUUUAGCCGCUACGCUGCCCGCUUGGAACCCUGGCGCGGCGGCAGAAGGCGCGGCCCACGUAGUCUGGGCUGUUUUCGCUGCCUACGCGCUAUUACCAGUAGGCGCGCCAGUUGCAGCCGCUUUCGGUCUGCUUCUACCCACCGCACAUACUAUCGCUGCCGCGUUGGUGGCCUAUCGCUUUCCGUACCACGUGUGGCAACAGAUGUUGGGCAACGUGGUUGUGUUCCUGUGUGUAAACGUGGUGGGAGCGCUGAUGCAUUCGCUCAUGGAGACGGCUCAGAGGCGCGCCUUUCUCGACACGCGCAAUUGCAUCGCGGCCAGACUCGAUAUGGAAGAUGAAAACGAAAAAUUGGAACGAUUACUGCUAUCCGUGCUGCCACAACACGUCGCUAUGGAAAUGAAGAAUGACAUAAUAUCGCCUGUCGAGGGACAAUUUCACAAGAUAUACAUUCAAAAGCAUGAACAAGUGAGCAUCCUGUUUGCGGAUAUCGUGGGGUUCACAGUACUCGCAUCGCAGUGUAGUGCUCAGGAAUUGGUGCGUCUUCUCAACGAACUCUUCGGCCGAUUCGAUCAACUGGCCAAUGAUAACCACUGUCUUCGCAUUAAAAUCCUCGGCGAUUGCUACUACUGCGUGUCGGGGCUGCCCGAGCCGCGCUCGGACCACGCGCGCUGCACCGUCGAGAUGGGGCUCGACAUGAUUGAUGCGAUUGCGUCCGUUGUAGAAGCGACAGACGUACAAUUGAACAUGCGAGUAGGUAUCCAUACUGGGCGCGUACUUUGCGGAGUACUGGGUCUUCGGAAAUGGCAAUACGACGUUUGGUCCAAUGACGUAACGCUUGCCAACAACAUGGAAGCCGGAGGCGAACCUGGUCGAGUGCACAUAACACAAGCUACAUUAGAAUGUCUCGGAGGAGCAUACGAGGUGGAGCCAGGACACGGAGCUAGUCGCAACGCCUACUUGCGCGAUCAUUCAAUCCAAACGUACUUUAUUAUACCACCUCCUAGAAGGAGAAAAAUGUGUUUAACAGCGGGUGUGGGACUGGGAUCUGGGUCACGUCGAAAGCUAUCUUUCAAAAAUGUAUCAAAUGUUGUAGUUCAACUUCUGCACUCUAUAAAAUUCAAUGUGGACGUGCCAUUUUCGAACAUGGCGGCUUCACCUCAAGAAUUAAAGGCCAACGCUGCCAGAAAGGUGCUGGACCUGCGGCGCGCGCUGCACGCGGAGCCGGGCUCGGCCGAGGCGCUGCGGCUGGCGGCACUGCGCGGCGAGCACGUGAGCGCGCCAGCCUCCGGCCCCGCGGCCGCCGCCCCCGCACCCGCCUCCGCCCCGCACCACCACACCUUCGACGCCGUCAUGCAGCACCACGCCCUCCGCACACAUGCAACGAAUAAAGUGACGGAGAAGUUUAAGCGGCCGCUGAAAAAGCGUCAUUCGUCUGUGUAUCAUCAGCCUACCAACCGCGUCAACAAGUACCUAGCGCAGGCGAUAGAUGCGCGCUCUGUGCAUCGAGAGAAGGCUACUCACGUACAUCUACUCACGCUCUGCUUUAAAGAUCUUGAUAAAGAAGCGCAGUACCGAGCCUCAACAGACGGCGGAUGGGCGGGGUCUCUCAGUGCCGCAUUAGGUGCUUUAGCGGCUGCAGGAGCACUUCAAGCUGCUAUUUUACCACGCACAACGAUACUUUUACUUCUUUUCGUGACUGCCUUUGCGUGGUCGGCUGCCGUGCUCGCUCUGACACUUGCAGCGCGACUGAGGCUUAUACCGUGCGAUGUAUCAAGACCAUUUGCGCUCAGAAAUGCAAUCACCACAUUUACCAUUGUUCUUGGUUAUGCCGUGGGCCAAGUUAAUGUUAUAACAUGCCGUGAAGUCAACGUAUGCAGAAAUUUAACUGAAAACAUAACGAUGGACGACAUUCGCUCAACUUCCGACCAAGUCUCAGCCGCGCUGUGGAGUAGUUCCGACCACAGAGCGUGUCCUAUCCCUUUAUACAUAACGCUCGGGUGCUGCGUCAGCAUGCUCGCUGUGGCUGUCUUCCUGCGGUUGCCGAUAUUGGUGAAGGGAAUCUUACUGGCAGUGAUGACUGCAGGAUACGUCACUGUGAUAUUGGCUUACCAUAAACAUUUGUUCGACUGCUACGAUCUCAUGACUGAUCCUGGAUCAGUUGGUUCUGCGUACGUAGCGUGUGCGUGGACACUGGCGUUAGCCUUGGCGGUGCUUUUACACGCUCGGCAGACUGAAUGGACAGCUAGACUUGACUUUCUGUGGCAGGUGCAGGCACGAGAUGAGAAAAGAGAUAUGGACGCCUUACAGGCAUCAAAUAGGAGAAUAUUGUUCAAUUUAUUGCCAGCACACGUUGCGACACAUUUCUUAGACAAUCAGUUCAGAACUAAUAUGGACCUAUACCACCAGUCAUAUCAGCGCGUAGGCGUAGUAUUCGCGUCCAUCACCAACUACCACGAGUUCUACAUGGAGCUUGACGGGAACAACCAGGGCAUGGAGUGUCUGCGGUUGCUGAACGAGAUAAUCGCUGAUUUUGAUGAGUUGUUAGGUGAAGACAGGUUCGACGCUAUAGACAAAAUUAAAACCGUGGGAUCCACUUACAUGGCAGCUGUUGGUCUCAUUCCCGAUAAAAAGAUGUCCGACGAUCCAAGCACUCGUAAACAUAUGGCAACUCUAGUCGAGUUCGUAUUUGCAAUGAGAGACAAACUUAAAGACAUCAAUGAUAAUUCAUAUAACAAUUUUAUGUUGCGAGUUGGUAUCAAUGUCGGACCGGUAGUCGCUGGAGUAAUAGGUGCCAGAAAACCUCAGUACGAUAUAUGGGGCAAUACCGUCAAUGUAGCUUCUAGAAUGGAUUCUACGGGCUUACCAAACCACACUCAAGUUACUGAAGAAGUUUUUCAGGUGUUAAAAGAUUUGCCCUAUCAGUUCGUGUGCAGGGGUAAAGUCAAAGUGAAAGGAAAAGGUGAGAUGACCACCUACUUUUUGACAGACAGAACACCGUCAAACGGUAACACGCAGAACUCUACAAAUAGUCAACCACAAAAUCCGCCAACGGCUUAUGGCGGAGUUGCGACUCCGCUUGCAAUGUUACAAAAUUCAGCAAGAAGAGCCGCAGCGCAACCUUCGAGACUACCGCCUGUUAGAGAAUCUUCAGUGGCCGGAGAAAAUGAGCCUCUCCUCCCUUCCAAUGGUCACCAAAGUAACGGAAAUAAUCACAAAGGUACCAAAGGGCGACGCAAUAAGGAGUCCGAAGAUACACCCCCACCUCCACCGCCGCACGGGAUCAAUGGCAAUCCUCGCUGGCCUCCGCCGCGAGCGCUAGUGCCGCCCUGGCCGCGGCCGCAGGAGCCCCGGCCUCCGACUGUUCAUAAAAGAAGACCUCCGACCAGACUGCCUAGACCUCGAUCUAGCGAGAGUUUACCUUUAGCGAGAAGUCCGCGAGUCCAUUCUUCGGCAGACGAAUUGAGUUCAAUAACGCGCUCACCGAGUCUCAGCUCCUCAGACGAGAGUUACUCUCGAACCACUGACGCCUCCCCCUCACCUCCUAGACCGACGCCUUGGCUGCCCCCUCCCCGACCGCGAGCCGAUCCUAAUACCGCAUACGACUAUCCGCCUAUUCGAUUAAAUAAACCGACACCAAAUAUAAUUAAUGAAAUUUACGCAAAACAUAAAAUUAAUAAGAAGCCAUCCCUCGACGGAAAAAUCACUGACGGUAGCUUAAAUUUUCAAAAAGAGGGAGAGAAGCUGCAGAGGAGUAUAAUUAAUAUGCUCCAAGCCUCAGUCAAAAGAGACGGCUGCAGUCAGACGGAUAAAAAGGACGUGCCGCAUCGCCUCACACAAAGAACGAGUUCGUUCUCUAGUUCGGGUAGCCGCCCGAAUAACUUAAAACAUUUAACUCAUGACACGAGAGAAGUAUUCACUAAGCGGAGCCCUUCAGACGUCGCGUGUGUACCGCCUUUCGAGAGAGAGAUACAAAGGCUGCUCGAUGAUAAAAGUUUAAUUAAAAUCAAUUCGCCAAAGGCCGAGAGAAAGGACUUAAAAUUAGAAUUAAGGGCGACGAACUCGUCAGUGGAGUCGGUUCGCAACUGCAACAACAACAACAGCAGCCCGCUGCACGCCGUGGGGCUGGCCGCCAUCACGCAGCUGGCGCGCCACGAGGCCGCCAGUCCUGGCCGCGGCCGACCCGCGCCCUCCCCCCUCAAGCCCUCCGGGGACUUCCCCGGCGUGCUGCCUACCGACGUCGUCGUGGAGCUACCGUCGCCCGAGCACUCCGCCGAGCGUAUUUCCGCGCCGAAUUCUAGAAAAGUGGAAGCUGCUUUAUCAAAAGAAAAACAAGAGAAUGACAUACAAGACAGACUACGGAACCGGGUGACCACUUCUAACCACAGAGAAAUGGGUAUCUACGGCGAAAGUCAGUCCGAAUGGAGCUCGUCAUGCUCGGAGGGCGAGGGCGACGCGGACGGCUGCCAGCCCGAGAGCACGGGCUACACGACGGACGACCCGGCGCUGGAGAACGUGUCCAUGCUGAACGAGGGCGGGCUGACGGACGCGGAGGCGGCGCUCAGCGACGUCAACUCGUGCUACUUCGACCGCGACGACGACGUGUCCUCGCGCGCCUCGUCGCGCCUGCUGGACUCCGAGGCGCUGGUGUCGCUGGAGUCGCUCAGCGCCAUCUACGACUCGGACGAGCCCGCGCACCGCUACCUGGCCAACAUCCGCACCGUCAGCGAGUCCAUCACCAGGAACUUCGGCCAGCCCGCGCACGUCACGGACGGCGAGAGCGACGUGUAGCCGAGCCGCCCCCUCGUAUCGCUCCGUACGAUGAGUCUGUAUCAUGCUCUCUAAAAGUAAAUAUGAAUACUCAGAAAGUUUUAUUUUGUAUUAAAUAUUUACGAUUUUAAAUUAGUCGAAUCGAAUUAUCUUAUCGUUUGUACGUUUUAAUUUUAAUCGAUCGUUGCUAUUCGAACUGCUGACGUGCCUCGUUGUUGUUUAAACGAAACUUAUUUGUACUUUAUAUUGUGUAAAUUGUCAAUAUGUACCUAUUAAUAUCACUGUAUAAUAUUCAUUGUAAAUUUGCGAGUGUCAUGUGAUGGCGGCUCGAUUCAUCUAGAAAUAUGCGGUGAUCUUUACAAUUAUAAGGUGCUCUGACUUAGAAUUAUUUGUUAUUUGUCUUGUGAUUAAGGAGUAGGUAUUUCAAUAUGAGCGACCAAUAUCUGUAAACAUCGGUGUUUAGUGUGAAGGGCUGGUCCCUGUACUGUAAAAUCUAUAGAAAUCAACAUAAACAAAAGUUCGCGUAUUCGACGAAAAUUUAGUGUGGUUUGAUAAUAAUGUAUUAUUUUGCAUUUGAACAUUACACGUUUAGUAAUAUUGUUACCACGUUUUAUUAUUCUAGAUUCUUGUAUACUUUUAUUUAUUAUUUAUCAUAUUAUAUA